AGAGAGAGAGAGAGAGAGAGAGAGAGUGAGGGAGGGAGAAAAAAUAUGAAACAACUCAUUUGCAGAGGAGUAAAUCACGGAAAACCCGUUUGAGAGCGCGACAGGGCUCCCGCUUACAGCGCUAACACCGGAAUUGUGAUGCGCACGAGCCCUUCCUCCUCUACUUCUCCCUCUUCUUCUCCUUCCUCUUCUUUUUCUUCUUCUUCGCCGGAGAUUUUAUGGAAUCGGUGUGAUUGUUGUUAUUGUUGUCGCUGUGGUUGUUGUGGCUCUUACUGCUCUGGCUGGUUGCCGUUACCGUUACUCACACCGCUCGUCUGUUGUGGCCGUGAGGGGGGAAACACCACAACAACGGUCACCGACACCGGCGGCAGACCUGCCUCACUCUCUCUCUCUCUCCCUCCCCUCGGUCUGUGUGUGUGUGUCGGUGUUUCUCUGCCUCAAACCGCACGACAGAAGCAGAAAAAAAAAAAGAAAACACAACUGAAAGCCGCCGGUCGCUUCCUUCAGUCCCUCUCUGACUCCGCCGAGCCGAACACAAACUGAAACAACAAUAAAAAACAACAACAACACAAAAGAUGAGUUCAUAUUUCGUCAACUCGCUCUUCUCCAAAUAUAAAAGCGGGGACUCGUUACGUCCGAACUACUACGAGUGCGGUUUCGCGCAGGACCUGGCCGGUAGCCGGCCCACCGUGGUGUACGGCCCGGGCUCCGGCGCCACCUUCCAGCACGCUCCGCAGAUCCAGGACUUCUACCACCACAGCGCUUCUACGCUGCCAAGUAACCCGUACCAGCAGAGCCCCUGCGCGGUCACAUGCCACGGCGAGCCGGGCAACUUCUACGGAUACGACGCCCUGCAGAGGCAGACGCUUUUUGGGGCCCAGGACGCGGAUCUGGUCCAGUACAGCGACUGUAAGCUUGGAGGCGCGCCGGGGCUCAGCGGCGAGGACGCGGAGGGAACCGAGCAGAGCCCCUCACCGACGCAGCUGUUCCCCUGGAUGAGGCCGCAAGUAGCUGCUGGCAGGAGGAGGGGCCGGCAGACCUACAGCCGGUACCAGACCCUGGAGCUGGAGAAGGAGUUCCUGUUCAACCCAUACCUGACCCGGAAACGCCGCAUCGAAGUGUCGCACGCGUUGGCGCUGACGGAGCGGCAGGUGAAGAUCUGGUUCCAGAACCGGAGGAUGAAGUGGAAGAAGGAGAACAACAAGGACAAGUUCCCCAGCAGCAAGAGCGAGCAGGAGGCGGUGGAGAGGGAGAGGAGGGAGAAGGAGCUGCGGGACGGAGGCACGAGUGGAGGUGGAGGAGGAGGUGAUGGAGAAGGUGGUGGAGGAAGCUCGGUGGCGGGCACGGCGGGGUCACAGGCCUCUGCCGGUGAGGAUUGCUGCGAGAAAACCCACAAGCAGAUCUAGGGUAGAAAAGCGGUGAAAAUGGAGGGUUGGGAUGGAGGAGAGAAGGGGGGCGAGGAGGCUGUAAAUGUUGGACAAGAAGGGGCGAGGGAGGGUUCGGGUGGGUUCGGGGGUGCUGUUUUUUUUUUUUUUUUUUUUGGUCUUAGGCCAUUGGACUGCCCCGCUGUCUCCACGAUUCAAUCGAUGGGAAGAGGAACUUUGAGUUUUCCAAAAUGGCGACUGACGAGCUGGACGGACUUGGAGGGGCCUCGCGCCUCUGUCUGCUGACUGUACAAAGCGCGGGAAAGAAAAAAAAAGAAGAAGAAGAAAAAAAAAAAGACGCAAUGAAGCAAGAAAGUGAACUUUAAAAAAAAUGAAAUACAUCAAAUCGAUUCGGGCAAGGGGGGGUGGAUCAAUCCAACUCAAACAAACAUAGUCUACUCUAGUGUUUAAAAAAAAGAAGAAAAAAAAAAGAAAGAAAAAUGAUAGCUUCCUUUCUUUGUGGAACAAUUAUCGUGGAAACAUUUCUAUAUUGUUAGAAGUUUAUCAUUAACAAUUUUAUCUUUGGCAGCUGUAUAGUUUUUAAGUUAAAAAUGAUGAUGAUGGUGCACUUUUUACUGUACUUCUCACUUCUAUGUUGUUGUUGUUAUGGCAAUGAUUGAUGAUGAUGAUGAUGAUGAUGAUGAUGACGAUGAUGAUGAUGACGUAGCAAUUAAUGAAAUUUCCAACAACAUGAAACUGCCUAUUUAUGCCGUUUUAGUAGGUCGGGUCUCUUUUUUACACACUCUAAUUGUCGUUUUAGUUCGUUUUUUGAUCGAUGGUGUUUGUUUUAUGUUGUCUUCCUUUUUUUUCUCUUUUUGGGUAAAAAGCAUGCGCACAGUGCAGAUUUAAAAAAGAGAACAUUCAUAAAAAUAAAAACGAGAAAAAAAUGUGAGAAAAAAAA